UGUUGAGAGAUUGGAAAUGGCGGAGAGGAGAGACCAAAGCGACAGUUUAAGAUUGAAAACACCAUUGCACCGUCAUUGAUAAACAGAAAACGCCCCGGAGUGAAUCUCGGACUUACUUAACAUUUGCUACUGCCGCUCGGAGUUAAGUCGGAGGCAGCGGGACGGGAUUAUCGAAGCAAGGUUUCGAAUUAGCAAACUGGUUAGCUGGCUAAGCUAACUGUGCUAGCUGCCUGGCGUUAGCUUGCUGCAAGUCGUGUGUGAUUUUAACCACGCAGGCUUGUUUGUCAACAUAAGCUACGUUAGAUUGCUAGCCAGCCAGCUAACAUUCAACUUUCAUCCGCUCUUGGAGCCAGUCGGACAUAUUCCACGGUCACCACAACUGGCCGUAAAAUGAUCAAUCCAAAGUAACAGCGGAUGAAAAGUCAAAGACAUUUGACAAUCCUUGUCGUGAGCAAGCCGUACACUGGUUAGCCAAGUUAGCCAACUGGCUUGUUUUACGUUUAGGCUGGGAAUUGCAUGGGAAUUAAUCAUCCACUGUGUCAACUUGCAGCAAGAUCCCGUGGGCAGAAUCGAUAUUUACAAGCUGAAGGGCCGAGAAAACAGGCACAGAGGACAGAGACAGGAAAGAGAGCAAAGAGAGGGCAGAUGAUAUGCAGCAAAGGGCCUGUGCCUGAAUCAAGCCCAGGCUGCUGUGAUGGGGACUCAGCCUUAACGAGGCCAGCAGGCUCCUGUCUCUCCCAGGGAUGGUGCCACGUGACGGGGAGGCUGUGGAGCCAUAAUCCCACCACAACCACCCCAGCCACUGGAUUGUAGGCUGCCUGGCCAUUGAUCUCGCCCCCGGUGCCCCCCUCUUCUGAUUCAUCAUUGCUCUUAGCCCAGGACGAGGUCACAAAAGCCCCCACAUGAUUUAUCCUCUGGAGCCCUAGAUCAAGUGAGUUGCAGCUGAAGAUGAGUGCAGUAGGGGAAAGCCCCCUGGACCCUGCCAUGCCAGAGUCACGCAAGAGGAAGGGCUCACCAUGCGACACGUCGGGGCAAAGUGUGGAGAAGCGAAGGCGGGAGCUGGAGUGCCGCUACAUUGAGGAGCUGGCUGAGCUGCUGUCAUCCAACAUGAGCGACAUCGCCAGUCUCAAUGUCAAGCCAGACAAGUGCCACAUCCUCAAGAGCACCGUGGACCAGAUCCAGCAGAUCAAACGCCGUGAGCAGGAGAAAGCGGCCCUGCUGUCUCCAGAUGACGAAGUGCAGAAGAGCGACAUCUCCUCCAGUAGCCAGGGAUUGGUGGAGAAAGAGGCUCUCGGGCCCAUGCUGCUAGAGGCCCUGGAUGGCUUUUUCUUUGUUGUCAACCGAGAAGGUCGCAUCGUCUUUGUCUCUGAGAACGUGACAGGUUACCUUGGAUACACCCAGGAGGAGCUAAUGACCUCCAGCGUCUACAGCAUCCUGCAUGUCGGAGACCACAACGAGUUUGUACGCAACCUGCUGCCCAAGAGCCUGGUAAACGGCGUGCCGUGGCCACAGGAACCAGGCCGAAGGAACAGCCACACCUUCAACUGUCGCAUGCUGAAGAGGCCACCGGAUGAGGUCGACUCAGAAAACCUGGAAGCCCGGCAGCAGUAUGAGAUCAUGCAGUGUUUCACCGUGUCCCAGCCACGGGCCAUGCAGGAGGAGGGAGAUGAUCUUCAAAGCUGUCUGAUCUGUAUUGCCUGUCGGAUGCCGCGCCCCCAGCCACUGCCUGUCAGUGCCGAGUCCUUCAUCACCAAGCAGGACCCUACAGGGAAGAUCAUCUCCAUAGAAACCAGUGCUCUGCGGGCAACAGGUCGACCUGGCUGGGAGGACCUGGUCAGGAAGUGCAUCUAUGCUUUCUUCCAGCCGCAGGGCAAAGAGCCCUCUCACGCCAAGAAGCUGCUGCAUGAGGUUAUGACCCAUGGCACUGCUAUCAGCCCUCUGUACCAGUUCACAUUAAGUGAUGGAACCCCCCUCAGUGCUCAGACCCGCUGCAAGUUCUGCUGCCCACCCAACCCCGAUGUACAGCCCUUCAUCAUGGGCAUUCACACUAUUGACAGGGAACACAACACUGCUAGCUCUCAGGAAAACACUAACCCCAGCCUUCCACUGACCCUGGGCAGCCCGGCUCCCUCCCGAUCCCCAGCCCUCCCUCCCAGCAGUAACUCAACCCAGGCCUCAGGGCUCACCACCUCGGGCCUCCACCCCAACAACAGUAACGGCUCCUCUCAUGGGCACGGCCCAACCACACCCACAGGCUACCUGACGCCCAAUCGGACAUGUCCUCAGCAGGUCAACAGCCCCUCACCUUUGAGCAGCCCACUCACAGCCACCCCUACCUCCUUUGUGUCUCCCAGGCUGCCGCGAGCCAGUCCUGGGCUCGGGGGAAGCCCGCGGGUUCCAGGGAACCCUUUUUCUCCCUCUACACCUGGCCUCCACUCUCCAGCAGGGGCACUGAGCAGUGGAGGCAGCCUCAGUCGCCAGCAGUCUGGUGGUGAUGGGAGUGGAGGUGGUGCUGGUGGGACAUCCGGGACCUUCUCCCUGUCUUCCCCUCUCCCUCAGAGACAAGCCAGUACACCCACCAGCGCGUCCACUCGGCCUUCUCCGGCAAAACCCCCCGAAGGAGGAGAAGGUUGUGAGACAGGGGGCGAGGACUCAGUCAAAGCCCCGCUUCAUUGUUCCUCACAACUGGGCAACCCCAGACUCAACCAGCUCCUGGACAGCAACGGGGCAGGAGUUGAAUCCAACAACAACAACAACAGCAACCACUGCACCUCAUCGCCUCACCCCAACCCUACUCCUGCCCCUCAGUGCCCUGCCUCCCACAGUACCCUGACAGAACGACACAAAAUCCUGCACCGGCUGCUCCAGGACAGCAGCCCCAACGAUGCCUCCACCACCACCGAAGAAGGACUAAACAGUAAGGAAGUUGAGAUCAAGAAGGAGCCACCCGCCAGUCCAGCAACAGUCACAGCCCCUCCCAAGUCCAGCUCCAGAGAACCACAAGACCAUCAGUUGCUCCGCUUCCUCCUGGACACAGAUGAGAAGGACCUGGGGGACCUGCCACCUCCAUCUGCUCUCACCCUGCAGACGGUCAGGGUGAAGGUGGAGAAGAAGGCCAGUGUGGAUGGAGCACCCUGCACUGGUGCACCCAUUGCAGCAACAGGAGCUGUACCCAAACCUGCAGGAGCUUCAGGCACCUCAGCUUGCAUCAGUCCCAAGUCAAGCCCCAUUGGAGAGAACCGCCGAGACAGCCGCAAGGACAGCCGAGACUCUACGAUUUCUGGUGGCCCUGCUGACCUGGACCCUCUCAACCAGCUGCUGCCUGGCCUCAGGGGCUCUAUUGUGGCCAAACAAGGCAGCGAGGACUCCACAACCCCUGGAGCCGUCCCCCAGCUUCAGUCUCCGGCUCCCCAGGCGCAGCCCCAAGCUCAGCUCCAGUCUCCCAUUCCUCAGCUCCAGUCACCCCUGUCCCAGCCUCAGUCCCAUCCCCAGUUGCAUUCCCCGUCACCCCAGCUUCACUCCCCCUCCCCCCAGCUCAAGCUGCAGUCACCCACUCAGCCCCAGCCCAGCGAGGCCAACACUCCCCGCAGUGUGACCGUGAAGAGAGAGCCUCCUGGUACUCCAAACAGAGGGCUCAGUGAUGGUGGUGGCCCCCCCUCUGGUUGCAGCCUCCAGAGUCAGUCACCUUUUGAUUUCUGCAGCCCCCCAACUCCAAGCCAGACCCAGACCCAGGCUCAAGGACAGGCAGACCCCUUCCAGACGCCAAAAGAUAGUGGCAGCCCCUUUCCAGAGGCAGAAGUUAGCAACCCGUUCAGUUCAAGCACUGGCCUGGCCAAGAUGGAGGGGACAGACUCCCAGUUCCAGCCCCUAGCUCUGUCUGACACCCUGUCCUUUGAUGGAAGUCUGGGAACUCCUAUACAAGCUCCACUGGCUUCACCACAAGAGCAGUGUGUGCCCUGUCCGCUGGAUGAGAUGCUGUGCCCCCCCACCACUCCUGAGGGGCGAAACGAUGAGAAGGCUCUGCUCGAGCAGCUCGUCUCUUUCCUCAGUGGGACAGAUGAGAGUGAACUGGCUGAGCUGGACAAAGCCCUCGGCAUUGACAAACUGGUACAGGGUGGCUGUUUUGAUCCUAUUCCCCAGCGCUUCCCCUCCCAGCCUCCCACCACCACGCCAGUAGCCAUGGACCCCAAACUCCCCAGUUACCCCGCUCAGUUCACCCCGACCCCGCCAGCUCAGUUUCCUCCAGAGAUGGCCACAGUGGGGCCACAGGGGCUGAGUUUUGGAGCCCCCCGGGGGGCCUUCCCUGGUGGGACCAUGGGUAUGGGGCUGAGGCCGGGCAUGACCAGACCACAGGGGAUGGGCACUCAGCUCCGACUGCCACCCAACCAACUGCGACUACAGCUGCAGCAGAGGCUGCAGGGGCCACAGCAGCUCCAGAAUAGGCUGGCAGCGAUGAGUCAGUUUCCAGGAGGAGCCCAGCAUGUUAACAUGGGGAUUCGUCAGGGGGUGCAGCAGCCUCAGAUGCCCUCUCAACAGCCUCCGCUGAAUGCCCAGAUGCUUGCUCAGCGUCAGAGGGAGCUCUAUAGCUUCCAGCACCGCCAGCGCCAGCUUCUCCAGCAGAAGGUCAUGCUGAUGCGACAGGGCAUGGCAGGGGGACCGACUGGAACGGUGGUGCCUAUGGGAGCUGCCAGGAGCCCAAAGGGCCCUCCCACAACACCCCAGCAGCAGCAGCAGUUCAACUUCCCGCCCGGCUAUAGCCCCAUGACAGGAAACCCCCCUACCUCACCCAGCCACUUCAACUCUAUGUCAGGGGGCCCGCUUGACACCAAACUAACAGGACGAGUUCCCCUUGGUAACCAGACGCUGAUAGGGGGCAUGCAGGGCCAAUUUAGCGGCACCGUGAACUCCUCAAUCCAGCAGGGGUUGUUUCAGCAGUUUGGAGGAUCUGGUAUGGUCCAGCAAGACGCCUCUUUCCCUCCUGAGCUCAGCCCCACCAGCCCAUUGCUGUCACCUCAGAACCCCACAUCCCAGAGUUCUUUACUUCAGCAAGCCCCACCUCCUGGCUACCAGUCACCAGACAUGAAGAGCUGGCAGCAAACAGGCAUGAGCAGCAACAGCCUUUUCAGCCAAUCAGGACAGGGUGCAGGGCAGGCAUUUGGCCAGCAGGGGGUUUACAACAACAUGAGCAUCACCGUCUCCAUGGCCGGGGGGUCGGGGGGCGUCAGCUCAUUACCUCCCAUGGCGCAGGCUGUAGGCAUGAGCAACAGUAACCUCAGCAACGUCAGCUCAAUGUGCAGCGACCAGCAGGUGCAGCAGGUCCAGGUGUUUGCAGACGUCCAGUGCACGGUGAACCUGGUUGGCAGCGACUCUUACCUGAACCAGGGCUCCAUGGGAGGUGGGGCUUCCCAGAAGGGCCCCGGGCCCCAGGGCUCCCAGAACAACCAAGCCCAGCAGAAGAGCCUCCUCCAGCAGCUGCUCACUGAGUGACGCUCCCUCUCCCCUAACUCAGAUUUCUCCUCUUCCUUCUACUUCUUACUUCUCCUCCUCCUCCUGGGAGGUUGGCGCACCAAACCCAUUGCUCUCUCUGUCUCACCUUUGAAUCUGGAUGGAUGUACGUCGGACGGCCACAGAACACACUCUGAGAGGCCUUGCUGGCAGUGGUGUUAUACAACCUAACUACUACAAUGGGGGGGGGCGGGGGGGUCUUGGGUUGCUUUUAACCCCCCAGUACCUUUAGGAGAGACUGGAGUCAGAAGCAGCAGCAGUGUAUUUGAACCUGCCUGUCUGUCUAAUCUGUCUGACAACCUGUCUGUCUGCCUCAGCCUAUUGAAGGCAGUGUUGUCUCGCUGCUCAUUCCUCGGUGACCUACUUUCUGCUUCCUGACCUGAUAAAAGAACCUACAACUGCAAACAUCAUUGUAGAUUUGCCAAGAUGUCGUCAUUGUCAAAAUCAGGGCCGGCCUCCUUUUGUUCCUGAACAGAUGGUUUCUGUCGGGCCGUCGCCCCAGCAGUGCAUCUUGGGAGCACGAGUGGCAGCAAACGGCUGAGCUUCGCGCUCAGUGAGGGGGAGUGUCCCAGAGAGCACCACCUCUGGCUUUCUUUUAGGUUUUUGUUUUUGUUUUUGUUUUGUUUUUGUUUUUUUCAUUUGGGUUCUCCUACCUGUCUCUCAGCGAUGUGGGAAUGUUAAGGUUUCAGACCUCUGUGGCAUUGUGGGAUAGAAGCUCAGUUUCAGCUGGUUCUGUGACUGUCUCUCUCUCUCAGCUACAGUGCCUGAUGGAAGUUUGAGUCUCUCAAGUCUCUACUUCUUCUACAUAUUAUUCGACUACGUCUUCUGUUGAUUUUUUAUUUUGGUUGAAUUAUUGUUUGUUUUUCAGUUUCUGCUCUCACCGUCAUCAUCAUCAUCAUCAUCAUCAUCAUCAUCUAUGGUAUCAUGAGAACAAGCUUUGUUAACAGCCAGAAUGGAUGGAUUGAUGGAUGGAUGGGAGACAGACAGGAUGCUGCUCAGUUUGGAACUUAUGUAUCUUUCUCCCCUGGGAGGAGGUUUUUCAAAGUUAAAAAAAAAUGACUGUUAUGAUUAUUUAACUGUCUGUCCUUCACAUUUUACCCAUCACCUCAGCAGCUGUGAAUACAGAGCCCUGUUGGGUUCUCCCUCUUUCUCUCUCUCUCUCUCUCUCUCUUUCUAUCUCUCAUACUAUCUCUUGGCCUAUCAGUGUUGUUUGCCAUGUGCACCAUGCAGGCGGGUAGUAUUGUACAGUACAGAAGGACAAAGAUUUGGGGAUGAGCUCACUCUUCUCUUCUAACUGCUUUCCUUUGCAAAGAAGUGUAAUUCAUUGAUUACUCGAAACAGCAAAACUAUAUAUAAUGUGAUUCGAUCCAGGUUUUUUAGUUUCCUUUUUUUUUUUAAAAAAAAAAAAAAAAAAUUGAGAUUCUGAUUAUGUCAGCUCAUUGUUUUUUUUUUUAAAGGUUAUUUUUGGCAUCAUGAUAAUGUAAUACUGCUAAAUGUUGCUGUGGAGGAGGAAAUGAUUCCAUCUUCUAAAAUGUGAAAAAUCUGGGGUAAGAAUUUUGAAGCAAAUGAUUUUGAAAUAGCUAGGUCUCGCUCCCUCCGGCGUCCCGUUCAGCGCUACAACUAGCCACGCUUUAUGAAAAAACGGAGUUGGUCGCUUUGCUUGUGGUAAUCAGGGAGCUAGUUAGCCAUCUUUUCUCACUUUCUCCUGUUUUUAUUCCUACGUAUGUACAAUACUUUUGAAGAAAACUUUUCAGACAGUACACAUGCAUUUGUAACCAUUGUAUAAAAACCGUAAUACCCCAGAGGCGCGUGUUCUUUAACUUUGAUUACGCGUCCUUUGGUGAUGCCAGUGGUUCUCAGCCACAUCAUCACUGAACCCAUAAUCCCAGUACACUGCGCCCUUUUGGGGUAUUCUUCCUAUAUAAUGACGUUGAAAGCUGCAUUCAUUGAGAUUGUAAUGUGGACCGUGUAGGGCCAACUACAAACCUGCAUUGAGUGUGGAUGUAACGUGGCGACGAAUCUGCGUGGUUCUCACUUCACAAGCCUGUUGAAACUGAAAUCACGCUCAUAUUCAAAAUGUCAUGUGUCUCGGUUGAUUCUACGCGGUCCACAUUCCAGUCUUCGCGAAUGUAACUUUAAAUAGAGGGUUUAGUAAUAGAUGAUUCUAACAAUGAUGUGAUUGACAAUUCAUUGAAAGUUGUCAUGAAAUUAAAUCAAGACAGGAGGGGUUGAAUCGCAAAAAAAAAACACUUUUUGUCGUUUUUCUCCACCUCCAAACCUGUUAUAUCAGCAGAUCCAAUGUCAUCAGCCUCAAGGAUACAGUUUUUUUUUUUUUUUGUGAUUCAACCCUCGUCUCCCUCCACCUCCGGUCCCCUCAUAAAGACUUCACUCCACUGGCUACACACUACAGUUUCCUGUUGACUACUGUUUCCCAGUCAGACACUGUCUCUCUCAGCGAUAACAAACCUCUGUUUAUAAGAAUUAGCAUUCACACACAGAAAAGGGAUGUGUUACCUCCAGAACACACCUCACCAGGUAUUUAUAAAACUCUAAACUAGACCUUGCCUGCAGAAUUAGCUGUGUUGCAUUUGCAGUGACCCCCCCAAAUAUACUGUACACUACUAAUUGUAUGGGUACAGCAACAUAUUCUUUGAUCUCUGUGUCAGAGAAGAUGCAUAUGAAAUAUCACAGUCUGCUUUUGUCUCUGUUGGAUCAGCUUUUGGCUUAGUAUGAUGCCAUGCCACACUAUACCAAGAGAAUUUCCUCAAAGGUUACCUGGUCUGUAUUGGUCUCUUAAGCCCUAUCUGCAUGGGACUGAUAUUACCUGUGGGUGUCCAGUGAUGUAAUCAUUACAGAGAUGGUUGAUGUCCAAAUCAUGCCAUGUCCGUAAUUUCCUAAAGUCACAAUUCCAGUACAAAUGAUCCAUCAUGUCUUGGUGGAGACAGAGGUCCCUUGAUAAUAAUAAUCUAAUGUUGUGUAAACUGAAAUUUUUGGCACACAAUUUCUUGGCCACCACUUGCACACACAAUAUCUGUCUUCCUCCUGGGAUAAAAAGGCAUUAGAGGAAGCUACAUUUUUGGUACAGUGAUCAAUUGUAAAGUCCUGGUCUUAUGCACUUAGACUUCUAAUAGCCAUUUAACUGGAGGCAAAUUUCAUCAUCCUGUGUGAACUUAGGGUUCCUACGGUCAUGAAAAUGCUAGAAAAGUCCUGGAAUUUGAAAAUGUGUUUUCCAGGCCUGGAAAUGUUUUUGGAAUAUGUGGAAAUCUCCCCUGAAGUUUCGGAAAAGUCCCGGAAAUAUUCAGUCAUGAUGGCAGUCUGGACAAGUGGAGCGAGCUCUUGAGAAGGGAGAACAGUCUAGAGACGUACUUUAUUUUUCUGACUUUUCCACACCCUCGUAGUCAUAAAGGUUGCUUUAACUCAUUACACCACAGAAAUACAUUCAAGGACAUUUUGUUAAGUGGUUAUGGAAAAGUCAUGGACAAGUUUUGGAAUUUAAUGGGAAAGUUAUGUAGAAACCCCAUACUUCCCAAAAUGCAGAAUUUGAGGGGGGUAAGUCAAUAAUUCCAUGAAGUUCCCACAUAAUACUAGUCCCGUGCAGAUUGGGCUUUACUGUGUACUAUUUUUUUACAAAGAUAUUUCAUGAAGUGUGCAACACCAUCUGAAUACAGAGGGAUAGUAUGCAAGGUCAACAUUCCACCUACUGAGCCCCUACCAACUCCUCCAGUGUUGUAUGAUUUGAGAACCACUUUGUGUACAGCUACACAGUUUGUGUGUGUGUGUGUGUGUGCGAGCGUGCAUGUGUGCGUGCGUGUGUGUGUGUGUGUGAGAGAGAGAGAGAGAGAGAGAGAGAGAGCGUGUGGAUGCGUGCACUUCAUACCCAAACAGUGGCCCAUGAACAGUCACAACGUUAAACCCUCAAGCCCUAAGAGCAGGAAGUCAUCCUCAGUCUCCUCACAACUCCAGCAGAUAAAAUUGUAAAUGAUUUACCAAUAAUUGCUGAGAUCGGUUUUAAGGUCAUUCAAGUGUUGCAUUGCUGUUUGCAUUUAUUUUUAUAUUUCCCUAUGUACAUAUUUAUGAUUAGAAAGGCAUGUCGGUGUAUAAUCAGUAGAUUUUGGAGCACCUUUUUAUUACCUCAUGACUCUUGUACUAGACAGAAUGAAGAGUUCUUCCUGCUAUUCAUAACAUUUCCUUUUCUAGUUGACGGCGUCUCUGACUGUAUGUUCACGCUGUGAGCCACGGGGUUGAAGGAUCGCUCCGUUCUGGCCGAUUGUGGGCAAAGCCAGUGACUUGCAGCUACUUUGGAAUCGCUGAAUCGUGUACGUUUUGCUGCUUUGGUGUCGCCUGUCAUAGUUCCAUCAUUUCGCAUGAAGGGAAGUUUCAACUGCAAUAGCUCUGCAGGCUCAGGUAGAUGCAACCAUAUAUACUACAAUUAGCAUACGACAAAUGCAAAAAAAAAAUGCAUCAUCUAUCUAUUUAUUAAGACGAUCAGAAACUUGAAACUACCAUUUCCCAAGAUCCUCCACGGUGGCAGGAAAGGCAUGUCCUUAUAACGACACCACAUCACAACAAUGAAAGCGGCCAACAUUUGCGCUGUUUGUGGAUGUAUGUUUUAUUCCAGACCUGAAAGAGCUCUGAGCUCACCUGUCCUCUCAGGAUUCCCAUGUGUCCUGGAAAAUCUGGGAAUCCUGGAAAUCAAUGGUCUGCCUUUCCAGUCAUGGGACGUGCCGGGGAAAUUCGAAAACUUCUAAAAUGGCCUAGAAAUAGUCAUGAGAUCCUGGAAAAUGAUUAAGUUCGGCUUAGAUUACAUUUUCAAAUGUUUACCUGAGCUCAUGUUACACACGUAGAAUCGAUUGGAAACAGAUUGGUUCUGGAACAGAGAAGUGGGUUCUCAGCUGGCAUCAAGCAUUAGUGGCUCAGGAUGACACAGGUUUCAUUCUGCUCCUGCAGAAUUAUGUCGUCAUAAUUCUGGCCACUUAACAGGAACUUCUGUUGUAAGGAAAACAAACUAGAAAACAGCAAAGCAGCACCACACCCUCUAGGUAAAAGGGGCAUAUUUAUGUAUUAACAGUUUUAAAGUUUUUUACGGUUGAAUCUUCCUUAAACAUCACUAUCAAGCAAGCACUAAUUUAUAAAAAAAAAAAAUGGCUACAGUGCUCACCAUCAAACCAGCAAUGAGUACAAGCAUUCUCUGGAGGAUCAUCUCCGCUAAAGUCUGUCAGAUAAAAAUUGCAGAGAACCAGGAACGGCUCCAUUAGCUUCCAUUUCCCAGUUGCCGGGAGCAACCGUCACUCAUAAAGUAAAGAAAACCGAUGAAGACUUGGGUGUUGCUCACAGCGUGAAGACACAGUGAGGGUCAGACAGUCCUGUGCCACUGUUUGGUCGAUGUAAAUACCGCGACAUCUCAAGACACAGACGCUUCGCAAAGUGGGAAGAAUGUAAUUUUGGAAGGAUUCUUUCAGUGUCAACAUCCAUAUGUUAAUCUGCUCUACCUGAUGAUUCCGCCUCAUUCACUGAAGUGUUAUUUUUGAAAGGUUUCUUCUCAUCCAUAUUGUAAUGUACCCUCUCUCCUCAGCCUUCCCUCCUCUCCAUGGAAUAGGCAUUCCUAUAUAAAUGGUAUCCUAGACAACCCUGUUAAAUGCAGAAACCCAACAGCGACCUUGUCAAUAUGAUGAAUAGUAUGCCAAAUACAAAAAAAAUGCACACUUAACCAUUUUUUAUGCAAGAGCCAUUCAUCGGAUAAGACAGUCCCUCCUUACUACAAUUAACAGGUACAAGGUUAAGUAUUUUCUAACAUUGGUUCAAGAUGUUAACAUAAUGUAUAUAACAGACAAAUGUGAAUAUGUAUUUGUUCAGAAUCAACAAAAAAGUAGUGCUCCGAGUUUGUGGUAAAUAACUACUCGCCUCCAUCAUGUUUUUAUUUCAUGUUUUGAUUUUCUACUUUUUUUUUUAUUUUUCUGAUGUAUGUAUGUAUAUGACUAUCAGCGAGUGUGUAUGUAUGUGUGUAAGUGAUUAAUACUGUAUAUCUGGUGUUCUCUAAGAUGGAAACUCGAAGAUGUCCUGGUUUGAUUCUCUCUUUUUUUUGUUUGUUUGUUUGUUUUUUUUUCUUCUUCUUUUACUUUUUUUUUUUCGACCCUGCACAGUACCUGUGGGUGUUCAGAUAACUAUGCCAGAGAAUGGUUUUUAGCGACUGCUGAAUGUGAUUUUACUGAGAGAGAAGCAGUGUGGACUGGCUUUUUGUACGGGUUAAUUUAAAAAACAAAAAAACAAAAAACAAAAAAACAAAACAAAAAAAGGCCAUAUUAUUUAAUUUUCUCUGUUGUCAAAAGUUUAAGCAGAUCUGGGAGAGUGGAGCCUUGGUUUUAUGGAGAAGCAUCGCCUGGCUGCUGUGUAUGUGAGUGGGCUUUUCUUUUUUUUUUUUUUUCUUUUUUUUUUUCUCUCUUUUGUAUUUUCACACUGUCUGACUGAUGUAGCCUUUUUGCAUUUGUCAAUAGUAAAUGACCAAAGCUUCAAGACGUUUGAUGGAUAUCAUAUGCAAGCCUCAUCAUCACUGGACAAGACAUAAUGUAGCGGCCCUUUGUAAAUUUGAAUCUGGUGGCGCUAAUUAAACCCCCCCUCCUCCUCCUUUCCCCCCAGCUAAAUUCUGCAGAUGUAGCUUAUUAAUCAUCAGUGAAUAGGUAAUAUUUUGCAUGUUUGUCCUUCCAUUUCUCUCUAGACACAUUUUGUCCUAAAAGUGGCCUAUCAACAAUAUUAUGUUCGAUCUACUUUGGUCAAACCCAAAGCUAGGUCAGCUUAAAAAAACGUUGCCAAUGAGGUUGUUGGAACCUGAAGUGCUAUCACUUGUUUACAGGAAGAAAGAAACAUUUGCAACAGUUAGCUAUGCACCUUACUGAAACAAGCGUUCCCUCACAUCGACUUGUAUUUCAAAUGAACACUGGAGCAACACUAGAAUCUAAAUCAGUGAUUUCCUAGGCAAGGUAUUUGUAGUUAUUUGCUAAAGUGCACAAAAUCAAAUACCAACAAAUACCCCCCUCCUUAUUGUCCCUGAUAGUGAAUUUAGACUAGGCUCUUGAUAUCUUAGCUAUUAAUCUCACAUGUGAAUCUCAUGCUAGAAAAAAAAAUCUGCCUUUUUUCCAUUAGCUGAAUACUGUAUACCAAAUUUGAGGUGCCUCUUGUAUAUAUUUUCUGCAGUGAAGAUUGCUCCUUUGCUGUUAAUAACCUUGUUUACCAGGGUUUUUUUUAUCUUCACCUUUAUAGAGAAAAAAAAAGUUUACUGUAUUUUACAUGACUUUUUUACACACGUAGAUUAAUCAAAUUAUUCCAGGAAUUUGCAAAUACAAUCUAGUUUUGCACUUUAUAUUCUAUCGGAUUUACUCGGAGUAAAGAGGCCAUCAGAAACCUACUGUUUCAAUCAGAUCACCAUUCGCAGAUAGACUAAGAAAUCCCCUGAAUGUACCGAGAAAGUUCUGCUUUCAUUUCAAACCCUUGAAUUGCUCAGGUUCUUUGUAAAGAACUUGGUUGUAAUGGAAACCCAUCAUCCAAGUGAUGAUAAAGUAAUUGUAUGUUCUUUACCUUCUUUGUAAUGUAACUCUCUUUAUCUCUCUUUCUCUCUCUCUCUCUCCUUAUGCUAACCAAUCCUCAGUACAAAUACUAUGCCAAUCUUCUUCAGGUGACCCCACCCCGUCCCACUUUCCCCCCGUAUCUCCUUUUGCCAUCAGCCGACACCAGGCUUUACAGUUCAUCGUCCUGCAGCUCGAAUUCUCUAAAGACAUUCCUGCUCGACUCAGUUUCGACAGCCGUCGCGCUCUGCUCGGUAGCUUCUGCUUUCCACUCGGCCGUUGCUCGCCUGUAGCUUUGAACGUGUUUUUCCUCAAACCAAGGUUGACGCUCACUUGUAUUAGUAAAAGUCAAAGUGUUUGGCUACGCGAGACUUCACCUCUGCUAUCUAGCAACAGUUGUGCACUGACAUAAAUGACCUCUCUCACAUUGUCUUGUCAUGAUUAUGUGCUGCCGAAUGUAGAAUAUUUAGUGGUGCAUUGAUGCCAUUGACGGCAUAAGUAUUCUUACUAGUAUCGGUAAGAUACCAAAUGUGAGUGCUAUUCCGAAGCAAUUUGAUGCUAAAAUGAACUUUAUUAAUUAAUUCCACCACAAAAAACUGAAGGAAGGAUCUCAUCUUAACAUAAAUUGCUUUUUUCAGUAUUCCCUGAAGUGCGCUCAAGGCCGGUAUCAGCACUUGGAUGAAGUACCGUGGUUCUUAUUGGUCGUUGGUGAGAAAUGGCAUCGGUGCACCACUGAGACUGUCCAUAGAAGUUUAAACAGUAAUUCCCACUCAUUCCUACUGCAGGUAUUUCAAAUUUCCCUAAUCAGCUUUCUGUGUGAAAGUUACCAGAGCAACAGUUUACUGAAUUCUAUAUUUGUCAAGUAUUGUAAGUGCUGCCUUAUUGGGACUGAGGUUGGAUGUGGUUCCGAGUUGUUAAAGAAGGCUUAUUAUCUCACCACUUUGUGUUGUUUUUUUGGGGGCGGGCAAUGAUGCUUUCUCUGGAGAAUUUGAGAAAACAAGACCAAGGUUCCACUUUCUCCCCUGUACAAAUUAAUAUAAAUAAAUAUAUAUAUUAUACAUUUUACUCAUUUUUUGUCCAGUUUUGUAUAUUACACUCGUGUAAAGUUUGUUUUUAAGAGGCAUCGGAGCAGCUAUUACGGGACAAUAUGAGUGAUGACGAUGUUCAUCCGGGAGAAUUUUAUGCAUGUUAUAUUUUCUCUUUCUCUCUUUCUCUUUUAACACCCCCCAACCCCUGUUCAGGUGUGUGACGUGAAUUAAAGAAAUCUACCUUUUCUUUGGAAUGUUGUAGACAAUCAGUCUCAGGCUGGGUCCAGUCCCUGCAGGGAGUGAGAGCCCUGUAGGCUGAUAGACAAACAAAACUUUCUUUUGUUUGAUGAUUAAAACAAAAACUCUUUUUUUGCAUCUA